GCCUGAUGCCCGCACCAGGGGCAGGACCUGUCGUGAGGGCACCAAUACCACUCUGAACCGAACCGUUCCCUCGAGCCUAAGACGGAAGCUGCCACUUCUAGUCUCUAGCUAGCUUGCCAGCUGCCAACUUGCCUCGCAGGUUGAGCAGGUCCUGUAGGAAAGCGCUGCAAGCACCAAGCGCAAAGUGGUUUAGGCAUGGGGUAAGUGAUUGCGUCAUGGUAGCCUUUCAUAUUCGGGAGUUGAAAUCUAGCGGAAGCUUUUCUCCGGAGGUGCUUGAGCUUUUGGUGUUUGGGACCAACCAAUCUGCUUUGCUGUGCUUCAGAAUUUGGAAGCUGUGGUUCUGCUCUGAAUUGGUUUGUGCUUCAGUUCAAAUUGAGUCUCUCUUAUGUGUGAUUGCAGCUGUGAUCAGCAGAGGUAAUCCAUGGCAAGAAGCCCGCUUUGUGGCAGGUCCAAGUCUGAUUAAAGGGUCUGCCAGGCUGCUCGCUUUGCAUGCGCUGCAGAGUACAGGGAGCGCAUCUUAAUGAGUGUAGAAAGGCAAGAGAUUCUGAUUGCUACUGUCAAUGCGCGAAGCAAUGACACACCUGUCCUUCGCCGUCGGUGCUGCCAAAGAGCAAAGGGAUUGAAGCAUGAGGGGCAAAUUGCUCACAAAGUUUCAGCACGCGGGCGCUUCAGCGCUGCUGAUCAGAAAGCCAAGCGGCAGGACGUGCGGGUGCUCAAAGAAGCUGUGAAUUGUGCUGUGGAACGCGACCCGCAUGCCAUUCGCUGCCGCGAGUGCGACAUGACCGCAGAGUAUGGUCUCCGCGGGGGCAAGAGGGAGGGGCUGUCACAUACUUCUGCGAGAGCCAUGGCCCAUCAAAGGGUUGUUUCAAGAUCGACAAGGACCGCGCAGCAUGGGUUCAGGGGCGCGAGAAGAUGCGGAGGAGUGCAGAUUCUGCCUGUCACCAAUGGGGGCAGCAUCAGAAGUGGGCAAGGUCAUGGACGGCGACAGCAGAGCCCGCAUGCGCUGACCGCAACGCCCACGACAGCCCCCUUGCAACGAACCCCCAUGCGACCAUUAGCAAGUCAGAGUCGAAGUGCGGUCUUGGCGCAGCCCGCCAUCAGCAUGCCGCGAAUGACGAGGUGCAGCCCGGGCAGCUUCUCGUCCACCGCGCAGAGGGCCAGUGCGCGCUGUCAAGCGGGAGCGCCAGGUUUGGGGUUGAGCCCGCUGCCACUAAGAGCGUGCUGGUCAGGAGCGCAUUCCAAGGUAUGGUAG